AUGUAUAUUAAUGAACCAACAAGGGUAAGGGUUAGGUGUACAGUUGGUUGUCCUUGGGUUUUAUUUGCUAGCUUUGAUUCUAGGACAAAUAAUUUUGUUGUAAAGACAUACAAUCGAGUUCACAAAUGUGAUCCUACUAAUAGGAACAAGCUUUGUAAUAGCAAGUUCUUAUCUAGUCACUACAGUGAAAGGAUAAAGGAACAACCUGCCAUUAGAAUCUUUGAGUUUCAAGGGCUUAUUAAAAAAGAAUUGGAUUUAUAUGUUGGAAGAACAAUGUGUAGGAGAGCAAGAAACAAAGUAUUACAGGAGUUAAUGGGUGACUAUGCUUUUGAGUUUGGGAGGAUUUUGGACUACAAAGAUGAGUUGCUAAGAACUAAUCCAGGUAGUACAUGUGUAGUCAAGCUUCAUGAAGAAACAUUUGAAAAAGGUAGAAAAAUGUUUCAAGGCUUCUAUAUAUGUUUUGAUGCAAUGAAGAAGUCCUUCUUGGCUGGUUGUAGGAGGUGCAUUGGUUUGGAUGGUUGUUUUCUAAAGGGAGUAUCUAAAGGUCAAUUAUUGGUUGCUGUUUGUAAAGAUGGGAACAAUCAAAUGCUACCACUGGCUUGGGCAGUAGUUGAAGUUGAAAAUAAGUUUACUUGGGCUUGGUUUGUCAAACUUCUAAAGGAAGAUCUUCAGUUGGGAGAUGGUACAGACCUCACAAUCAUAUUAGAUAUGCAAAAGGGUCUUGAAAUUGCCAUAACUGAUCAUUUGCCAAAUGUUGAGCAUAGAAUGUGUGCUAGACACAUCCUUGCUAACUGGUCAAAGAGAUGGAGAGGUCUUGAGAGAAAGAAAUGUUUUUGGAGCAUUGAAUGGAAUUCAGAUACAGGGUAUGAGGUACUUCAUGGACCAUACAGACAUGUAAUUGAUAUUCAAAGGCAAAUAUGUAGCUGUAGAGCAUGUAUGUUGAAAGGCAUACCAUGUCCUCAUGCAAUAACUGCUCUUCAACAUAGGAAAUUGGACCCAAUCAAUUACAUUUCUCAUUGGUAUAACAGAGAAACAUACAUAAAGACAUACAACUACUUCAUUCAGCCAGUUAUGAAUCUGAAAAUGUUGCCAGAAUCACAAAACAUCUCUGUGAUACCACCUCAUGUUAGGAAGAUGCCAGGAAGGCCUGACAAGAAAAGGAAGAAAGAGCAAGGUGAAACCAGUAAAACUGGAAAAUUAUCCAAAAGAGGGAUUGAGAUGUCAUGCAACACUUGUCAUAACAAGGGUCACAAUAAAAGAAAGUGUCCUCUUGGUGCACCUGCUUCUGGCACAAGCUUUACUGCUGGACCAAGUUCAAGACCUGCUGCUGGACCAAGUUCAAGACUUCCUUCUGGCCCUGCUACACCAAGUUCAAGACCUCCUUCUGGCCCUACUGCUGCAUCAACAUCAACAUAA